AAAACAAGAACAAUGUGGGCCCAUCGAGCCCAUGAAGGCACUUCUAAUGGGACAGAAUGGGAAUUUAAUUUUUGUUUUGCUUACCUUUUUAUCUUCACUGGCGAGGCCGAGGCGAUGAAACGAGAUUGAAGACGAAGGAAGACAUUGUAGAGAGAGAGAGAGAGAGAGAGAGAGAGAGAGAGAGAGAGAGAGAGAGAGAGAGAGAGAGAGAGAGAGAAACUCGAAGAACACGACGACCGCCAUAGCUCAGACUUCUAUAAGCUCUGCUCUGGAGCUGGAAACUUACUCAACCACAGCCUUUCUCUUGUAAUGCGGAAAAUUCCAGGCCUGAACUUCGAUUAUCCGAACAAUUUCAGGUCGUAGAGGCUCGAAAUUGAUUGAGAGGAUCGGAGCCGCAAUUUCCAUUGGAGAUCUGGUUUUGUUUCAUCGGACUGGCCGUCUUGUAUUCUUGACGAGAAUCUUGCUGUUCUCAUUCAGAUAUGGAGACAGAGGUGAGGAAUCAGAGAGGGUGUAAACCUUUGGAACCGGAGGUUUUCUUACAGUGGGGAAAGAGGAGGCGACUGAGAUGUGCUAGAAUCAAAGACCCGGAGAUCUCUGAGCGUUUGUGCGGCGGCCUACGGAAGAAAAUCGCAUCUCGAGCCGAUCGCUGUGUGGUUACAGCUUCCGAGAGAGAAAGGACCCCACUCCAACCAAAUCGUCUCACUAGGAGUUCUGAGGGCGUUACGCUGCGUAACGGUGCAGGCACAGCCGAGAUCCGGAAACCGCCUUCGCCGGAGAAGGAGGACCGUUACUACGCCACCCGAGGAUCCGCCGUGGCGGUGGAUGAGAACGGGAAGAUCUCAACCAACGGCAACACCACCAAGGCGGAAGACAGAGGCUUUGUUUGGCCAAAGCUGUUCAUCGCUCUGUCAAGCAAAGAAAAGGAGGAAGACUUCAUGGCCAUGAAGGGCUGUAAGCUCCCACAAAGGCCCAAAAAGAGGGCCAAGAUGAUCCAGAGAAGCUUACUCCUGGUGAGCCCUGGGGCAUGGCUGAGCGAAAUGAGCCAAGAGAGAUAUGAAGUGAGGGAAAAGAAGAGUAUAAAGAAGAGGCCAAGAGGAUUGAAAGCCAUGGGAGGAAGCAUGGAGACUGAUUCAGAAUGAGGAGGAAACUGAACUGACCCUUUAAUUCUUUUUUUUUUUUUUUUUUUGGGGAAUGCUGAAUUGAAUGAAUUGGAAAGAAGAGAAGAGAAGAGAAGAGAAGAGGAAGAGGAAGAGGAAGAGGGCAUCUCAAUCUCAUCCUGCCUCUGCUUGAAUUCUGAGGUUAGUGGGGUUUUGGUUUUGGAUUUGGUGCUUAAAGAAGUCCACUUUUGAGGGGUUGGUUAGGCAGAGCUGCAAAAGUGAUGAGUUCUGUUUACAAAUUUUAAAAGUUGCUCUCCUUUUUGUGUAUAAAAUGUAAUGUAAAAAAAAUUGUUAUUUAUAAAUGGAAGGAAGGUCCCAUUCUAAAUGGGAUUUUGUAUUA